CCCAGUGGCCCUGACCUGGGGGUUCGAAAUGGGGGUUCCAGAGACUCUGACUUGGGGCUUCUGUGGGAUUCGAGGGGAUCUGCCCUGGGGGUCCCGGGGGUCCUGGCAAUGCUGUCCCAGGGCUCUGGCCCAGGCAGGGUCCCCAGCUCAGCAGUGUCCCCUGUCCCCACAGGCAAUGGGUGCGCCCAAGCCCCCCAACUUCUCGUGGGUGGUGGAGGGCCGGCUGGCGGGGCUGGCGAUGCCGCGGGAGCCGGGACAUUAUCGGUACCUGCGGGAGCACGGAGUGCGGCACCUCGUGUCCCUGACUGAGCGGGCCCCACCCCACCACGGCUGCUGUCCCCAAAUCCAGCUCCACCGGCUCCAAGUGCCCGACUUCACCCCCCCAAGCCCCGAGCAGAUCCAGAGCUUCCUGCAGAUCGUGGAGGAGGCCAAUGGCCGUGGGGAGGCUGUGGCAGUUCACUGCAUGCUGGGCCACGGCCGGACGGGCACCCUGCUGGCCUGUUACCUGUGCAAGGAGAGGCACCUGGCUGCUGGUGAUGCCAUCCACGAGAUCCGGCGGCUCCGGCCUGGCUCUAUCGAGACUGCAGAGCAGGAGCAGGCUGUGAUCCGCUUCUGCCAAUGCCUGUGCACUGGGGAGCAUGGUGUGGAGACCUGA